AUGCACCCCCUACAGUUUGGAUUCAGGAGGGGGAAAAAUACUGUUAGUGCGUUGGACAACCUACUGGAUUAUAUAAAUAAUGCUAAAAAGAAUGGCCGCCAUACUCUCUUGGUGGCUGUGGACUUUAAGGGAGCUUUCGACCACGCCUGGUGGCCGGAGAUCCUCAAUCAAUUAGGGAAAGCCAACUGCCCUGACAACCUUUACAGGAUGGUAAGUAGCUAUCUUGAUAAUAGAAAAGUGAACUACUACUACAGGGAUAAGCUAAUCUAUACCAGGCACGUCAACAGGGGUUGCCCGCAAGGGUCAAAGUCGGGACCAUUACUUUGGAACCUGCUGUAUAAUGAGCUUCUCAGUCUACAAAACAAUAGGCCACUGCACACAAUGAUCCAGGGCUACGCGGAUGACACGAUCAUUGUGAUGUCACACCCUAACCAGGAGAAAUUACAACAUGAUAUGCAGGAUCUGUUGACCGAUGUCUACAAUUGGAGUAAUAAGGUCAAACUCGUAAUCAAUAUUGCUAAAUGCGAAUGUACUAUAUUCCCUAAAGGCAACCCCCUGUCAAAGCCACCUUCUGUUAAAAUCAUGGGACAGAAGAUCCGCUACUCUACCUCCAUCAAAUACCUCGGACUGACUAUUGACCAUAAAUUAACGUGGAAAAAUCACAUUUACAACAUGUACGACAAGGCGGUGGAGACCUCUUUUGCCCUGGCCACCAUUGCCAGGAAUAAAUGGGGUUUGGACUACAAAGCAAGGAGGAUCACCUACAUCGCCGUCACCCAACAGAUUGUGGCUUAUGGGUGCGAAGUCUGGGGACGGAGGGUGGAAAACAAGCAUAUUAAGAGGAAACUCCUCUCCAUCCAGAGGUUGGCGGCCAUUUACAUUACCAGGGCAUACAGGACUGCUCCCACUGAUGGGCUCCUGGUAAUUGCUAAUCUCAAGCCUAUUGACCUCUUUAUAGCUGAGCGCUACAUCCUCCACAAUAUGAAAAGACUGAAUGCUAAAGAUAUAAACAAAGAUCUUUACGAUCAUAAUCUUGCACCCUUCAAGAAAACCGGCACUUUAAAUAAUCUUACCAAUAUCGUGAGUGAUAAGGGAAUUGACUGUACUAUACCUACUUUCUCUCACCCUGCACAUAAUAAUAAGUACGAAAUUAGAAUGAACUCUCCCUAUGUUAAUGGUAACAACAUAAAUAUCUACACGGACGGCUCCCACUCAGAGAUGGGUAUGGGUGGCGCCUUCAUCGUCCAUUCCCCGACCAAAAGGACUAUUCAUCAAUGUUAUUUUAGACUUGCUAAUUAUUGCUCCAAUAAUCAAGCUGAGUCCUUGGCCAUCCUAAGGGCGUUGAACUACUUCAACUCUAUGUUUGAUGUUCUCAGGGAUCAGCGUAUUAUUAUCAACACUGACAGCAGAGUUACACUGUAUCAAAUUGAUAACAGGAAUACCAAACUCCCCAUAAUUAAUGACAUUGUUGCCGCACUUGAUAAUACCCCCUACUCCACCAUUGUUCUCAAUUGGAUCAAAGGACACUCGGGCAUCCGGGGCAAUGUUCAGGCUGACUUGCUCGCAAAGAAAGCUAUCACCAACCUGGAUAGACUCUCCUAUACUAAGAUCCCAAUUAGCUGGAUCAAAAGUAAUAUCCAACAUUACACCAAUGACUGCUGGCAAUCGAGGUGGUCUAACAGUGAGACCGGUCGCUCUGUGUACAGCUUCUUCCCAUCCAUCAUGGAAAGAGGGAAGAACCACCACUUCGUCCCGCACUAUGAACUUACCCAACUCAUGACUGGUCAUGGUAACUUGGGUAGUUACUUGGCCCGUUUCCUCAACAAGGAUGAUGGCCGGUGCACCUGCCAUUCUGCCGACUGGAUGGACAGUGAGCAUAUUCUGUUCCACUGCUCCCACUUUAACAACGCAAGGAGGGGCCUAAUCGCUGCAGCCCUGAGCGAGAACAUUGCGUGGCCAUGCAAACCGGAUGUGAUCGUUAGCUGUAAGAACCUUUUCAAUGCGCUGACUACCUUCAGCAAGAACAUCAAAAUCCUCAGCUAA